AUGAGUGAAAAGGUGGUAGUGCCUAAAUUGAUGGUUAAAGAAAAAGUUAAUGAAUCAAAGCCGGUUGUCAAACUCCCUUUCCCCACAAGAAAUAAAAAGAAAGAGCGACAUGAGAAGAACUUCAAGAAAUUCUCUGAGAUGUUCAAAAAGCUUGAGAUUAACAUUCCGUUCUUGGAGGAACUUGAACAAAUGCCCUCUUAUGCUAAAUUUAUGAAGGAUAUUAUUUCAAAAAAGCGGAGCACCGAGACUGACCCUAUUCCGGUGAAGAAGAAGGAUCGAGGCUCGGUAACUAUCCCUUGCACUAUUGGGGAUAGAUCUUUCAAAAAGGCCCUUAUAGACUUGGGAGCAAGUGUGAGUCUCAUGUCGUUAUCCAUUUACAAGAGGUUGGGGAUUGGAAAAGUGCAAGAUACUAGAAUGACACUUCAAUUUGUUGACCACUUUGUGAAGAGACCUUAUGGAGUAGUGGAAGAUGUUCUUGUGAAGAUUGAUAAGUUUGUAUUUUCGGUGGACUUUGCCAUCUUAGAAAUGCUGGAAGAUGAAGAGAUACCUCUCAUUCUUGGUAGACCAUUUUUGGAGACAGGAAGAUGUUUGAUAGAUAUAGAGGAGGGCAGCAUGACUCUAAAAGUUUACGAUGAAGAGUUGAAAAUUGAUGUGCGAAACACCAUGAGAUACAAAGAUGAUAUGGCCACCAGUCAACACAUAGAGGUGAUUGAUCAAGUGGUUCUGUAA